AGGGGGAGAACGGGAGAAAGAGACAGGGGGAGAGGGUAGGGAUUCACAGAUACCAUUGUCCUGUCUCACCUCUCCUGAGAUAGGGACAGCCUGUCCUUCAGUUGCUGGUCCAAUCAUAGCUGGUCACUCCCUCCCUCCUGGCCUCCCGCCCCCUUGCCCUGCCCUGCCCUGCUUCAAUCUGCUGGGGACCAGCUGCACAAGAUCAGCUCUCUAGCCCUGCCUUUCGGACCCCGUGCGAGGCUCCAGGGGGACGAGAAGGACCGAGAGUUCAAGAAGACCGAGGACAGGACCAGACUUCCCUGAGGCACUAAUAGUACCUAGCCGGAUGCCGCCCCCACCGCCGGCCGCUUUCCAGGUGGUGACUCUGCUGCUGGGCCUGCUGGGCGAGCUGGGGGUGCUGGCCUGCUGCGGCCUGCCGUUCUGGCGGCGCACCGUGGCCUCUGGCCGGGGCCUGCUGCUACGUCAGUGGACGGUGGAGGGGCUCUGGGCCAGCUGUGUGCUGCCGAGCCCCGGCAAGGCCAACUGCCGGCAGAUGUUGACAGCGCACGGCGGCGAAAUCCCGCUCGACGUCUAUGCCUCCCGCCUGCUCACCCUGACCAGCCUGCUGCUUGGCCUGCUCGCCCUGAUCCUGCACUGCCUGGGCUCGGGCUGCCUCCGCUGGGGCCCAUCACCCGUCCACCGGCCUCGGCUGCUGGCGGCGACUGCCUUCCUCUACCUGGUGGCCUCCCUGUCCAUACUGCUGGCCGUCUCCUGGCCCGCCUUCCAGCUGGCCACUGAGUACCAGCACCCGCUGCUCUCCGAGCAGCUGGAGGUGUCGCUGGGGCCCUGCAUCUACCUGGGCUGGGCGAACGGCGCGGUGCUGCUGCUGGCCGGGAUGCUGCUCGGCUGCUGGGGCUGCCGGGCCGGCGGGUCGGCUGCGGCAGCGAGCAGCCACGGAGGGAGGAAGGGAGGCAAGUGGAGUGACGACGCGGGGAGUAACUUCCUCUGAAGGAGGAGAGGGGGUAGGGUGGUAAUCAGCUGAGGGGAGUGGGGAGAGGACGGGGUUGGAGUGAGG